GUACUGAAGAUAGAAGCGCGUCCGAUGAAUUGGGCGUUACAGAAUGCGUCGUUUCGGGUCGAUAUUGGUUCCACGCAUACGGCUAACAGAUGUAGUGUGUAGACAUGUCAUAUCCAGUCCUUCUGAUAAUUCCUCAAAAAAAUUUCUGCCUUUGGAAAUCCGAGGACUGACAAAUCAGAAGUCUAACGAUGACAAAACAACAGUUUCUAAUGAAAAACCUAUAACAUUGUAUGGGAGGUUCCGUGAGAAUACAGACUGGACUAAUGUGUGGCCAGCCGCUGCUACCUUCCAUCAUGCUGUUGUCCCUUUUCCUGUUCGUCAAGGACAUUGUAAAAAUUUGGCAGAAAAUGGCGGGAUUCCACCUGAGAAGUAUGCUAACGCGGAAUUAAUGAAAAUCCCUAAUUUUCUGCAUCUUACUGCGCCUCAUAUUAGGAAACACUGCGAUGCCUUAAAGAAGUUUUGUACGGUAUGGCCGUUGGGACUAAACUGUGAUGAGACGAUUGAAAAACAUUAUCCGGUUGAAAUAAUUAACCGUAGUUACGUGUUUACUUCGUCGAAUAUACGUGAUCCUCGUUCUCGUGUAGUGACUCUCCAAAUACGCUUAUCCAGCCUGUCUCUGGAUGAACACGCUAAGCGAAAGUUCUUACGUCUUGCAAUAGGUCCUGGUCCAGGUCGUAAUAUAGCAUCAUAUGAUUGGAAUACAGAUAUUUUAAAAUUAACUACAGGAAGGUGUCCAACAUCAAAGCAGAAUACUGACUUUUUAACAUACGUUUUAACAGUUCUUACCUUGGAAUCGAAAAAAAUAGAAAAAUGGGAAACUGACAAUCCGGAAUAUGAUUGGCCACAAUUCGAUUGGAAUAGAAGUGAAUCACGAAGACGCCUUUUCAGCCUAUUGUCAACUUCUAACAGUGAAACCGAGGAGGGUAAUAAAGAAACCGAUAAAGAGAAGUCGGUGGUUCAACUUGAAUCUCAUCCAACAAUUGUUCAGUAUAGAGAAGCACUUAAAACGAUAUGGGCUAAAAAUGAUAUCCUCAAUGGUGACCAGUGGGUUAAACGACGUGAUCCACCCAGAUGUCGACAUGGUCGUUUACGUCCAAUACGUGAUGUUCCCUUUAUCACAAUUCCAGGUGCAGAUGAUCAAAGCACACUUGAGAAAUAUGCUUCAGCUACACGAAAUCUAUUUGGUCUAAAGGAGGGGGUUGUUGGAUCAGGGCAAUCAAAUGUACAGCAGACAAGCAGAGCAUAAGGACUUCCCCCGCCCUGCUGUUUAUCUCAUUAUUGAUUAGGUUCCUUAUAUAAUUUAUAAUAAAAGUAUACUUUAUCCUUGUUAA